CGCGGACUGGUGCGCACGCGACCCGCUCCGGGGAGAGCCCGUACCAAGCCACCCGCGUCCCGCGCCCGGACCCGCCCGCACACUGCCGCGAUCUUGUCGCUGCUCAUUCAUCGUUUCACAGCGACACGGAACGCCCGUGCUGCGGGAGUACUCUGUACAGUCAAAAUGAGUCGAUUUAUAGACACAGGGUUACUCGUGGAUGCAGUCCAAUGUAAACCCUGUUUAUGGGAUGUUUCGAAUUGUAAUUAUAAAAACAAAGAUGCUGUGGCUCGGGCGUGGGAAGAUAUUUGUGAUGAAAUGUUUGAAGGUUUGUCGCAAGAAGAAAAACCAAAGAUUGUCAAGGACAUCAAACUACGGUGGAGGACAGCACGAGACGGAUACAUAAAAUUUAAGACCUCGCAAAAAAGUACUCCUUCUGGCAGCGGAGCAAAGCCAAAGAAAAAAUUUAUCUUGGCAGCAAAAAUGGUAUUCUUAGAUAAAGUAAUACAAAACCAAGCAGACGAAUCUUUAUCCAGUCCACCAUCUACCGAAUCAACUUCUCAAAACUUAGCUACUCAAGAAAUCUUCAAUCAAGAAACAUUUCAAACCUCGUCGUCGUCGUCUCAGGCACCCAUAACUCAAACAGUAACUCAGACUCCUGCAAGUGUAUCUCAGAACAGCAGUGCUCCAUGGCUUUCACAAAAUAAACGUAAAAGACAACAACCACAGCAGAAUAGUGACUUCGACAGUCAAAUGCUUGCUCUGUUGAAUAAAAGUGUAAGUGAUAUUGACAGUGACGACUUGUGUUUUUUUCAGUCUUUAGGACCGAUUAUAAAGAAAUUUACGACGUAUCAAAAGCUUUUGUUCCGAUCGGAGGUAUUAAAUUCUGCCAUGAGUAUUCAGUUGAUGUCAAAUUCUAGCGCAUCUCCAUUAAGCGUGUCCACCAACGAUUCGACGCAAAUACAACCCGGAUACCAAUCUACGGCAGCUACUUACACUGUACAACCGAGCGCAUCUCCAUUAAGCGUGUCCACCAACGAUUCGACGCAAAUACAACCCGGAUACCAAUCUACGGCAGCUACUUACACUGUACAACCGAGCGCAUCUCCAUUAAGCGUGUCCACCAACGAUUCGACGCAAAUACAACCCGGAUACCAAUCUACGGCAGCUACUUACACUGUACAACCGAGCGCAUCUCCAUUAAGCGUGUCCACCAACGAUUCGACGCAAAUACAACCCGGAUACCAAUCUACGGCAGCUACUUACACUGUACAACCGAGCGCAUCUCCAUUAAGCGUGUCCACCAACGAUUCGACGCAAAUACAACCCGGAUACCAAUCUACGGCAGCUACUUACACUGUACAACCGAGCGCAUCUCCAUUAAGCGUGUCCACCAACGAUUCGACGCAAAUACAACCCGGAUACCAAUCUACGGCAGCUACUUAUUACAGUGGCGAUGAUUUGAUUCAUGAUAAAUGA